UAAAGAAUUUCUCAGGCUUCCAAUCCAGUACAAGAGUGACUUAGCAAGACUCCAUCCCACCACUAUGAAGAAAAGUUGUGUUCUGUUCCUCUUGGGUUCCACCUUCCUGGUUCUGAUUGGAGUUCAAGGAACUCCAAUAACGCGGAGUGGACGCUGUUCUUGCAUCAGCAGCACCCAAGGGAAGAUCCACCUACAAUCCUUAAAAGACCUUAAACAGUUUUCCCCAAGCCCUUCCUGUGGGAAAACUGAAAUCAUUGCCACAAAGAAGGAUGGGACUCAAAUAUGUCUAAAUCCAGAUUCAACCAAGGUGAAGGAAUUGGUGGAAAAGUGGGAAAAACAGAUUAGCCAAAAGAAAAAGCAAAAGAAAGGGAAAAAACAGCGCAAAGUCAAGAAAUCUCUCAAAAAGUCUCACCAUCCUCGUCAAAAGAAGACUGCAUAAGAGCUACUUUGCCAACAAGUAUUUUCUGUGUUAGAAUCUUUUUUUACAAGAAUUCAGAAAUAAUGACAAAAGCAGAUACCAUCUCAUACAGACUUGUUAAUUUGACUAGCAAAUGUUAAGUGUUAUGAAAUUG